AUGGUGCUUUGGGGUACACCACUUUUGACUGGCUUCCAUUCGGAAAUUUGUUGUGAAUCAACUUCACUUUUGUACAUUCAUAGCACCGAAGAAAACGAUUAUGACAGUGAUUUUAUUGACGAAGAUACAGAGUCACGUCUUUACAGUGCCGUGUUCUUUGAGACAUCAAUUUACACACCCGUAUCACAUAAUCUGGUAUCGAAACGAAUUGGUUCUAAUUCUAAUGGCACAUCAUUUUUAUGCAAUUCGGAAUCAUCUAAAAGUCCUGUUUUCAUGAAUGUUGAGUGUGCAAAUGAUGAAAUAUCUGAUACGUUGACAACCUCACUUCAAGUUGAAAAGGACUGUUUCAAAGAUGAAUGUGAAAACGAUAACUCAUCAUCAAGUUCUGGUUGUAGUGUUUUAUUGCGUGGUGGAAAUGAAUCUUCUGAGACUGAGAUUAGUACUCAAGGCGUUAUUCUUGGCGUUUCCCAUGAUACGUUGCUGCAUGUUGAGAAUGGAAAUAGCUCUCCAGUAGUACCAUGUCAAACAACAUUUAACGAUGAUCCUAAUUUGUGGAAAAUAUGUAAUGCUGAUAGAUGCUCAUCACGCUCAACAAAUAGCCGGUAUUUUAACAGUUUGGAUAACUCACUCUGUUCAGAAUGUGGAAGUAAAAGACAAAAGUUUCAUAGGUGUUGUACUUGUUGCAUUUUGUGCGGAGAAGAGGGUCAUGAAAAAGGUGAAUGCGAUAAAAUGUAUUGUUAUGCGUGUUUGGCGCCUGGUCACACAAAGUAUGAAUGCCAUUUGUUGAAAAGUCUGAAAAAAUCGAUCUGCGAACGCUGUGGACAGCAAGGACAUAAUUCAACACUGUGUACAGAAUUGUGGAGACAAUACCGAAAUACCACAAGUAUAGGCAGACCAAUACAAUUGUACGACUUUGUGAAAUCAAAAGGCUGUUGUAAUUGUGGACGUAAAGGACAUACUGUUGAGGAUUGUCGUCAUCAACCUUUAAAAUCUCAUUUUAUUGGUCCUUUGCCGAGGAGAAGAGUGUUGGUUUAUGAUAAAAAAGACAUAUAUAAGUCUAUUCGCUUAAAGUUAACUAAAUUACGUGAGAAGAAAACCAAAUGUAAAAAGACUUUAGAGGAGGUAGAUAAUUGUAAAGUAAUCGAUAAUGAGAAUGAAAACCAAUUGCAUAAACAUUCCAAGUCAUGUAAACAGAAAAAACAAAAAUGUAGAAAAUCAGAUAACCGAACUAAUUCUUCGUCUUACAAUAAAUUUUGUAAAUCCAUCAAUAAAAAGAAAUUGCAAAAGGUUAUGGAACAAGAAUUACCAUAUAAAGCUUCUUCAUCUCCAUAUAUGAGUAAUUUGAAACAAAAGGCCAUAAAACAGCGAAUGGAUUUUGCAAAGUUGGACGUUUUGCCGUCACUUGAAAUUGAAGAAACAAAGAAGGAAAAGAGAAAAGUUAAUAAUGAAAAUCGAAAGUUAAAGUCCCAGAGCGUCCUAUUAUCUCGUCACGAAUUUUCCUCAUCGUCUUCAUAUAAUUUCAAUGAAACUUCAGACAACCUUCGUAUCACGAAAAGAACUAGAAAAAGACGAAAGUCAAGAUUUUCGGAAGACAUUCAUAAAGCAAGUACUUCAUAUUCACCAUUUCAAAAUACACACCAAACUCCUUUAAGGAAAUGGAAAAAGAAAUAUUUCUCUCAAUCUGUAACUUCAUAA